GCCAGAGACGGUAAUUUGAGGUCGGCUAAAAGUUAUGCUUAUUAAUUUCUGGAAAUAGACUCUUUAAAUUGAAUAAGUAAGACGAAGAGAAUAUCUACGAACGUAUCCAAGACAUCUGCCAUCCCUGCAUCGAUGAAAUCAGACCCAAAGAAACGGGCUUUUGGAAAUAGAUUAAGAAAAUUCGGGUUCUCACUGAGCCAGUCGAAAGUUAACUGUUCAGCGCGUAGUAAAAAACACGUGAGUCAAGUUAGUCGUUACCAAAGUAUCAAACCACGCAUCUCUAUACCAGUAAGACCUACGGGAUAUAAGAGUUCGAGACUUGUGCACAGAAAAGCCGUACAACCAUCAACCAGCGGAAGUGAAGAGGGACGCCAUAUUCAAAAUCCAAAAUCUCAAAGUAACCCAAAUCCUUUGAGGGGAACAGCACUUCGGGAAGAUUCGGUCGAUGCAAACGGAUGUCCAGUCGACUUAUCCAAUGCGCCAGAUUGGUUACGCAAAACAAUUCAUCCUAUAACAAAUUACUUUCGUGAAGACCGUCCAAAACUGGAAAACAUGACUAAGAAUCGUCAACAUCGAGUGGAGAGUAAUUCGUCGUCAUCGCAGCUUAAUUAUGCCAGUGCGCAUAAAACACUCAAAGCUGCUAAGGACAACCUGCCUUACGAUAUUGAUGAGAUCUUCUCAAAUCUCGAUUUAGGAACAUGGAUCAAGGAAUAUAGAAGCGGAUUCCGCGAUUGCAAAGAGGAGAAUUCAUCACUUCAGAAAGAUGCAUGUGGUAGUCGUGGUGUUUUAGCUUGUCAAACAUCAUCAUCAUUAUCAUCCUUAAAGCCAGUUGAUCUAGAUGGAGAAGAGAACUUGAUGAAAGAAGGAGUUAGAAGAACUCAUCCUGAUCACGGCCAUCUUCAACUAAUAAACGCGAAGACAUCAGAUAAAAGAUCAACUGAUGAGGAGAAACUGAAGCCCUGUACAUCGAAUACGCACAACGCAGGAUGUGGUAGUGAGCUUAAAAAGGCAUCCCUGUUAUUUACAGGAAAGGCUUCCUGUCCAUCGAUGAAUUCAACAACUCCUCAUCAGACAUCUCAAAAUCCAUAUUCACUUAUGAAGAAAGAUGCACUAGAUCACGAAUUCUCCGCGAAGCUAAUCGAGGCGAAGUGGAAUGAAUACGAAAAUACAAAGCGAAUGAAGAAGCGUGAUGAAUACAAAGGUGGAGAAAUUAGGAGUCGGGGGAAGCACAGAAGUCUUGAGAACUACGCUUGCAGACCGUCAACUAGCCUGCACUAUUACCCUAUUCCAUCGGCGAGUUCGGAUAAAGAAAACAAAGAGAGUAGGGGACGUGUCUCUGAUGAAUGCUUCCAUAAACCGCAUAGUAUUCAGAGAGGUGAUAAAAGCACUGAAACAGCCACUGUACGACAGAUCUCUCCACCUCAGCAUCCUAUUUGGGAUACUCCAGAUGACCUUCGGACGUCAUCAAAUUACUUUUUCCGGCUAUAAGAAGGAUUGUUGUUUAAAACGAUUUUGUACAAUCGGUUUAUCAAGACGUCUA